CGUCGCUUUGAGAGCUGAGCCGAGCUUCAGAAGGCCUAAACAUGUUUUGUCAUUCCUCAAUUUUCGCUGUAGACGACAAUCCAGCUACCACCCAAACUAUUGACCAAACAUGCUGUCCAAGUUUGUCUUGCCCGUGUUAGCGCUGUCGGCGCUGGUCACGCACAGUGCUGCUGUCAUGGAUGAAGGUGUUCACCUAGGCGAGGCUUUCGGCGGUCCCCACGGCACCAAGUACUCGGACGUGGACCUAAUUGGUCCUGGACAAACCGUGAAGGCCAUCACGAUCCGCGCUGGCGAACGCAUCAACGGUGUCGGCAUCGAUUUCACCGAUGCCACAAAGUUGAUGACCACCCUAUACCAUGGCGGGCCUAAGGGCAAACCACGUGUGCUCACCUUAGUUCGCCACCAACAAGGGCAAUCACAUCUCUGGAGGCAACCCCACGAAGGACAAAGGAAGGGACACUGCACCCGAGGGCUAUCAGCUAGGUGGUUUUGCUGGUACCUGUGGAAGGGAGCUCGACUCUGUGGCUGCCGUUUGGACGAGAAUUGA